GUGACAGUCGCAUCCGGGAACGGGUCAAUAGAAUUGAUACCACAAUGUUGAGCAUCGCUCAGUGAUCUACUUGGCCAAUUUUCACGGCCGGAAACCGCUUAGAUAUUAAAUAAACGAAUUUCAAAGUUUCGCGCCGCCUCUGCAGCCGCGGAGGUUCAGCGAGACCGACAUCAAUGUGACGUAUUUAUCUAAGCGAACCAGAGGGCUGCGAGCAGUCGACCAGGUUGUUAUUGUUUCCGAGUUCGUCUGCUUUGCUUUCGACACUUCUGAAAAGUGAAAAUACGCUGACUAUUCUUCCACUUCUGGAAGCUCCGGAGUUAUCAUGUCGGGCGGUUCACGUUGUUACGUUCCUGGCUGCAUGAAGACAUCCAUCGCUAACCCAGAGUUGAUGUUUCACGAGCCGAGGGACCGUGAGACGAAGCGAAAGUGGGAGGAAGCAAUCUCCAGUGCAAAUCCUGACCUACCAGAACAACUAAACGUCCUUCGAGUCUGUUCGUCGCAUUUUUCGGACGACGCGUACAGGCUGACUGACAUUAUGCGGAUCCGCCUUGGGUUUCCAGUGAAAAGAAAGCGUUUGAGAGUUGACGCCGUGCCGACCAUAUUCCCUGAACAAAGGCAACCACUCAGCAUGCCAUCGCCAGAGAUUCCAUCGACCAGCUUCGCAGGAUCAGCUGAGUCUGAACCCGAGGGAAUGGAAAUGGGAAGCGGUGGUGGAACACAUUUCAUCCCACAGAACAUCCCAUCGCCAGCCAAUGUAGAAGACGUGCUUGUGCUGGACGAGCUGCCACUGGGACCUCUGGUGCCUUAUCAGACAGUGAGCCAGUACGGGUUCCUAUACACCUUGGUACCAUACAAUCCUGAGCACAAGGACCAAAAGAGAGUGCAGCACAGGGGGACACAGACAGCCAUUCCAACCUCCACACUGGGUACUCAGACCCGCUACCUGAUGCCUAGUAGGACAAGCCAGACGACCCUGAGCCUUCCACCCUCUAGCACACUCACUCUUACAUGGCCUCAGUCGGUCUUGGGGUGUGAUGAAACUAGCACAGCUGAAAGUGUGGAGCCGGGUGUCUUGGAAGAUCCUCUGCAGCAUCAGGAUACUCUGGCACCUGAUGAUGCGUUUGUUGGAGGUAUCCGCUCUUCUACCCCAGCACGAGACCUCGAUGUAACAGCUGAGUCGACAUGCCCGCCCGACCCUCAGGAUCUGACCUUCAACCUUUCUGAACUAACUGGGAGCUCAGACAGUGAAGAUGAGGAGUACGAGAAGCAGUCGCAAGCUCAGCACUCAAAAUCUCGUGCAUGUGAAAUAUUAAAUCCAGAAGAAUGCUUUUAUCUGGUAGCGGAAUCUAGACUUCAAGAACUCUUGUCGAGGUGUCCAUCUUGCGCCAACACCAGUGCUGAGGUCACGAAAACAACAAGAGGCACGUGGCUGAAAGCAACAUCUGCUUGCUGUUGCGGCAUCCAGAGCACGUGGACAAGCCAGCCAUGGGUAGAAAACAGGCCACUGGGAAACAUCCUCCUGUGCUCAGCCAUUCUCUUUUCGGGCGUGAAUGUUGCAAAGGCGUUUCGCAUGUUUGCCAUCAUGAAGGUGGCCACCCUGACGAAGUCUCAGUAUUUCAGGACACAAAAGCAGCACCUCUUUCCUGCUGUUAUUGAUGUCUACAUGAGCAAGCAGGCAGAGCUCCUGGAUCAACUUCGUCCGGUGCCCCUGACCCUUGCUGGGGAUGGUAGAUGCGACUCACCAGGUCAUACUGCACUCUAUGGCACUUACACGCUUCUAGAGACUGCUGCCAAUCGCAUCAUCCACUUUGAGUUGGUCAAGUCAACUGAAGUGACAAGCAGCAACGCUAUGGAGGUGUAUGGCCUGCAGAAAUGCCUAGCAUUUCUUGAGGUUCAAGACAUGACGGUGGACACCUUAGUGACUGACCGCCACACCGGAAUCAAGGCCAUGUUGAGGGAUUGCUGCCCCCACAUUAAGCACCGAUUCGAUGUGUGGCACGUCACUAAGGGAAUCAAGAAGAAACUUCUAGGCCUUGGGCGCUCUGCGAGGCAUCAGGUUGUGCGGCUUUGGAUCGAGAGCCUUAUAAGACAUGCAUACUGGUGCCCGAGAACAAGUGGAGAUGACGGUGACCUUUGCCUGGCAAAGUGGGUGUCGGCAGCGAACCACAUUGUCGAUAUUCAUGAACAUGAUGAUCCACUCUACCCUGUGUGUUACCAUGGCAGUGUGUCUGAACCACGUGAAUGGCUGAGAGAAGAGAGCGAGACCUACAGAAGGGUCAGAGACAUCUUGAUGGCCCCUGCCCUCCUCAAGGACAUCCCAAUGCUUUCUUCUGGGCAUCAGACGUACGGGCUAGAGGCAUUUCACAGCCUAAUGAUUCACUUUGUGCCUAAGUCCUACUCAUUUUCUGAUGAGGGAAUGCUGGCCAGGACACAACUGGCUAUCCUUCAUUAUAAUGAGAAUGCUGACCGGACACAAGUGGAGGAGGAUGGUUCCAAGCAGUACCGCCUGAAAGCCUCCAAGAUAAAGAAGACAUGGCUGCCUGUACCCGUGAAGGAAGCUGCUACUUACAAUUAUACCUCUGAACUGAUCACUGAGGUCUUCAGUCGUAUACGUGAGCAUCGAAAGCCAUCAGCAGCUAUGGAGACACUGCCACCACGUUCUUCCAUGUAUGGGGAAAGGCCAGUUCUUGCUCAAGCUGUGGAGCAACACCAAAAGAGUGUGCCUUCGACAGACAUGGAAAAUUCUGGAAGUAACAAGAAUCCUAUAAGGUUGCAUCCUAUAAGGCUCAGCACCGUCUACACGCAAGGGGAGCUAAGUAUUUUCCCACCAUCUUGCUUUACUGGUGUUACAGAAAAAAGUGGAAAUCAAGGUUGAUACUUUUUGUAAUGACGUCACAAGUGACACAUUCCCAGAUGAGAAAUGUCUGCAGUCUCAAGUGGUUUAUGAAACAUUUUCCUCUUGCAAACAACUUAUGUAGUACAAAUGAGGGAAGAGCCAGUGGAUGACAGCUGCCAAUAUUUUAAACAGAGACUGCUCUUUUUGGCACAAUCUACAUCCUUGCCAUGGCACAUAAAAAUAGGUCAACAAAUGCUGUUUUCAGGAAUUUUUUUCUUUUUGUUUUUUGUAUUGUUGGCCAGCAGGUCGGUGGAUAGGACAGAUCUUUUCAAACUUUAAUGACAUAGGUGCUUUGUUAGAGUGUGCUGGUGGAUUAUGUCAAGGAACGUUUCUUUACCACAGAGCCGUUACAGAGAUACGAAGGUUAAAAUGAAAAGUAACAACCACAGGAUAAGACCAAGUGAACAAGUGGACAUAGACGAACAUUUCAAAUGAGGAGGGCAGGGGUUACUCUGAGAAGUGUCUAGAGCAUGUGAGUUUUAUUUUUAUAAUACAUGUAUGUAACACACAAUUGUGGCAUGCAGUUUAAGGGGCACUAAAAUGCAAAAACAAGUUCACUUCAAAUUACGUUACACGCUAUGUUAACGUCGGUCUUGUUUUCGUAAUUGAAAACUUUGAUCUUGUUACGAAGCUACAAUCAGAGUUAUACCGAACUCUUUCUUGAAAAAUGCAAAACUGGAAAGCUGAUGUACGUUGAAAGGCAGAAAAAUAAUUCGUAGGAAGACAUGAUAGUGUUUUAUUUCCAACGUGUUUUUAGGGUGCCUUGUGGCUUGUUAAUGCUGAGCUAGUGAAUAGCGUUAGAUCUUUAUAUGAGAUGUGACACCCUAUCACAUGUGGACCUUCACUCGGUGUCCUGUAUGCAUAGCUUAAUGGUGUGAAUAUGGUAACCAGGGAGGUUACAUUGUUCUCACGUCCUGUGACGUUUGGUGACAGCACCUUUACAGGUGGCGUGAUAUGCAGCUGCAUAAAGAAAGGGCGCUCGUCUCAGUAUUUACGGGACACAUGACAUUGCAGACUGGAAGCCGAGGAGAGCAGAUUUUCUUACCCACGAUAUGGAGGGUUCUCUUGUGCGCCAGGAGUAUAUGCUGCAAUUGUAGUUUUUGUGCGAAUGUGUGUCCUAGGGCUGGUAAUCCCAAUUUCUAUAGUUAGCCCAGCAUAUUUGUUCCAGAGUCUUUCCAUGUGCUUUUAAAUACUGUGCCAUUAAUGAGAACAGUAACAGAAGAACAGUUGAAACAUUGGCAGCUCUCAUCCAGAUGCACUUCAAUUCACGUGUUUUACCUUUAUGCUGGAUUUUCUACCACUUUUUUUUGCAUGUAUGUACAGAGGGUCAAGGUGGUCUCUGGUUGAAAUUGUUUCAUAAACCACAUGCAAUUGCAAACAUUCUUCACCUGGGUUAGUUGGUGUUUCAUUUGCCUCUCACUUGUGCUACUGUUGCAUUUCAGGGACACAUUCUGUUGCCCCUCUCCUGUGUGCUUGUGAUGCUACUUUGGAUCUGCUGGCCAGCCUGCCAGCACUUUAUACAUCAACAAUAACCCAUGUCACAAUAAAAGGGAAAUACAUGGCCCUGCACCUGAAACUGUGAAGUUGAACAUGGUGGACAAUGCAGUGACAAGGACAAGAAACACACACACCAUUCAACUAGCAACUGAUUUAUUUGGAGGCAGAAAUCUAGUCCAAAUAAAUCAGUUGCUAGUUCAACAUUAUCCGUGUUUCUAGUCCUUGUUUCUGUGUGUUCUCCAUCAUGUUCAGUCGUACCUGACAUGCUCUACACAUUCUUGCACUGUCAAGUUCUUAGAAUAAAGCAAUUUCUCAGUCA